AACUGGGAGAUCCCCCAACCUCUGCCUCUCGAGCGCUGGGAUUAAAGGUGUACACCCCCAGUGGACCAGCUAAAAAGAAUUUAACAAUGCCAUUUCUUCAGCUAAUUUGUAGUUCUCUUAACAUAGCCAGAAUUUAAUGGCGGGCACUUGAACUGGAGUGUGUGCUGUUAACUAGCUACACCCUCGACAGAGCUUCUGGAGCUCCGUGAGUUCCCUCAAAGAUAACUCUGUAUUCGUUGCAAUGCAAGGGGAGAAUCCAGGCCUGGAGUUGUAGCUCAGGAGAGCUCAUACUUAGAUGUGCAACAUCCCUGCAUUGACACCCAGCACACAGAAAAAAAGAGACAAGAAAUGGAUGUGAGCUGAAAAGUUUGUGCUAGUCUGUCUGCUCUGAGUGUGUCCAUGAAGAGAGCAGAGGCUUUAUCUCCCAUAAUGACAUGCCCACCUUCCCUCCUGCUCUGCUGAGCCCAAGCGCUUCCCACAUAGCAAGUCAGCUGCUGGCUCUGUGACUACCCUCAGUGCUUUCUAUGCAGGAUGCCCUGUGCUCCCUCCAGUGUUCAGGGGCAAAACCUGCUGCUUGGUUCAUAUUAGGAAUAGAGGAGGAAACUAGUUUGGGAAUGGGCCACAUUGACUUCGGAACUCUCCCUCUAAGCUCCCCCUGCCACCACCCUGGUAUAUUAGGUAUAGCAUUGCUGAGGCUUGCACUGAUGAAAAAACUUGAGUAGCCACUGGGGCAGAAUGGUCUUCUAGGACUUUGCAGUACUUAAUAAAAGGCACCACACACAGUUGGUAGUAACAUGCAUGCACAGGAAAGAACUAAUGGAAUGAUACAGCAGUUGCUAUAAUAUAAUCAAUAUAAUCAAUAUAACCAAUAGGCACACAAUGGCUCAGCAGUCAAGAGCACUGGCUGCUCUUGCAGAAGACCUGAGAGUGGUGCCUCAUAGCUCUCUGUUAUUCCAGUUCCAGGGAUCCAACGUCUCUUUUGGUCUUGGAUGCCACCAGGAAAACAUGUGACACAGAGACAUUCAUGCAGGCAAACACACGUACACAUAAAAAUAAAUAUUUAAUUUCUAUAUAUGCAUGCAUAUUUGCAUAAAAUACGUUCAUGUAUUUAGAUUUAACAAGUUAGUGUUUAAAACUAUUUCAGUGCAGUCGGACCCUUCCAACAAAACAAGCCGGUUGUUUCAUAACACACCACAACUUUUGAUGAAAACAAAAUACACAUUGUUUAUUGCAUUAAUGUAUUUGUGGAAGAGGGGUGUGUGUGCCAGGGCACAUGUGUAGAGGACAGCUUGCUGGAGCCCGGUCUCUUUGGGACAGAGGGAUGGAACUCACGUUGUAAGGCUUGAUGGCACCUCCUUCACCCUCCGAGCAAGAGGUGGUUUAUUUCAGCAACUGCACGAGUAUUCUCAUUUGUAAAGAAGACCCAGAGCUUAAACGGUCUGAGUGUAAACUUCAUGAUUGUGUGUGAAUUCCUGGUCACAAAGUCCCUCCAGGCACCUCCACCAAAUCCCCAGGCAGGGUGGUAAGGGGGGAGGGGGCAUCUGAAAAUGCUUAGGAAAGACAAUCUGGGAAGAAAAAUCUCAAUUGAGAAGAUGCCUCCAUAAGAAUGGCUUACAGGCAUGUGUAUGGGGCAUUUUCUUCAUUGAUAGAAGACCCAGAUCACCGUGAGCAUCCUGCCCUUGAUCCUGAGUUCUCUUAAGAAAGCAGACCGAGCAAGCCCGUAAGCCACGUUCCUCCAAGGUCUUUGCUUCCGUUCCUGCCUCCAGCCAGGUUCAUGCCUUCUGCCCUGGCUUCCCUGGAUGAUGGGUCUACAACCUGUUAGUUUUGGUCUGGUACUCUCACAGCAAUAGAAAGCAAACUAGUCAAACCCCUAAGCCAGUAGAACCCUGUGCACCAAGCAGCUACUGGGCAGUACAGGCUGUGGUGGUGGGCUCUCACGCUGUGGUCCUUGACCCCAAAACUCGUGACAUCUGCUUUUCUUUACAGUAGAGAAAUUGUUUACCCAAGCAGAGCGUCCUACAGGAGAUGUGCCGAAGGCAGUUAGACAGUUCUCCAGGGAGAUCAGCCCCGCCCUUUAGGACACGCCCCGGCCAGACCCGUGCCACGCCCCCAACGGACCCUCCCCCAGAGCUGCACCCUAUCCAGAGCCCUCACCACAGGACACGCCCCGCCCAAAAGCAAGCCACACCCCUCCGAGAGUCCGAGCCUCGCCUCAGGGAGCCUGACCCUUUCAGCCUUCCAAAGCCCAGCCUCUCCUCCUUAGCAACCGACAGGACUCUUUCACCUUAGCAACUACUACAGCUUCCACCAUGGCUGAAGAGGAAGUUCCUGCGACCACCGAAAAAGUUCUGAAGAUACAGAGGGUAUUCAUAAACCAUCUGGACACCUAUAGCAGCGGAAACAUAGGAAAGUUCCUAGCUAACUGUGUCGCUGGGGCUUCACUGGAAGAGAUUGGAGAGGAGGAGGAGGAGGAGGACGAGACAAAGUCAGCUGUAGCUCCAGAAGCCCCCACUACAAAAGUGAAGGAAGGCACCUUCCAGAUCGUGGGCACCUUGGUCAAGCCAGAGAGUGUCAAGCCAGACUUCGCUGUGGAGGCUUAUAAGGGCAUCUCCCGGGAAGACCUGCUCUCGCAUCUCAUGGAGUGCGAUGCUGUCAUCUAUAACAUCACAGAGAAUGUGCAGCAAGUGGAGGAAGCCUUGUGGGCAGUCUCCGCAUUGAAUGAAGAAAUCAGCCAUUUUGAAAAGCGAAAGGUGUUCAUUUUGUUGUCGACAGUGAUGACAUGGGCGAGAUCCAAACCCCUGGACCCUGACGACAACGAGGUUCCCUUCACAGAAGAGGAUUAUCGAAGAAGGAAACAUCACCCCAACUUCCUGGACCAUAUCAACGCUGAAAAAAUUGUUCUCAAAUUUGGAAAAAAUGCCAAAAAGUUCGCAACUUAUGUAGUCGCCUCAGGACUUCAGUAUGGAGCAGAAGGAGGCAUCUUACACACGUUUUUUAAGAUGGCCUGGCUGGGCGAGGUCCCCGCACUACCCGUGUUUGGAGAUGGGACCAAUUGCAUUCCGGCCAUUCAUGUUGUUGACCUCGCAGGAGUGAUCCAGAACAUCAUAGACCACGUGCCCAAGCUUCACUACCUGGUGGCUGUGGAUGAGGCUGUGCACACCUUGGAAGACCUGGUCAAGCAAGAGUACCUCGACCACCUGCUGGUCAACCUGAGAAUGGAAGCCCUGUUUGUGAAGGAGAACUUUAACAUCCGCUGGGUCGCCCAAACAGGCUUCGUGGAGAACAUCAACAGCAUCCUCAAAGAGUACAAGCAAAGCCGGGGAUUACUGCCAAUCAAGAUCUGCAUCCUUGGUCCUCCUGCUGUGGGAAAAUCCAGCAUCUCUGAAGAGCUGGCCAAGUACUACAAACUGCAUCACAUCAAGAUGAAGGAUGUGAUUGCUGAAGCCAUAGCCAAACUGGAGGCGAUUGUCGCACCCAAGGACUCAGUGGAAGGAGAAGAGGAAGGCGAAGAGGAGGAGGAGGAAGAGAACGUGGAUGAUGCCCAGGAGCUCCUUGAUGGCAUCAAGGAAAGCAUGGAGCAGAACGCAGGUCGGCUAGAAGACCAAUAUAUAAUUCGAUUUGUGAAAGAAAAGCUCAAAUCUAUGCCUUGUAGGAACCAAGGUUUCAUUUUGGAUGGCUUCCCAAAGACCUAUGAUCAAGCGAAAGACCUGUUCAACCAGGAAGAGGAAGAGGAAGAAGAAGAAAUCAGAGGCAAAAUAUUUCCCUAUGAUAAAUUAAUUACACCCGAGUUUGUGUGCGGUCUGGACGCAUCUGAUGAGUUCCUGAAGGAGCGGGUGAUGAAUCUCCCGGAGAGUGUCGUGGCAGGAACUCACUACAGCCAGGACCGAUUCCUCCGGUCUCUGAGCCACUACCGGGACAUCAAUACAGAUGAUGAGACGGUCUUCAACUACUUCGACGAGCUUGAAAUUCACCCGAUACAUAUCGAUGUAGGAAAACUUGAAGACGCCCAGAACAGACUUGCUAUCAAACAGCUCAUCAAAGAGAUCGGGAAGCCUCGGAAUUACGGCUUAACAGACGAAGAAAAGGCAGAGGAGGAGAAGAAAGCAGCGGAGGAACGCCUGGCCAAGGAGGCUGCUCAGACGGCAGAACUCGAACACAAGGAGGCCAUGGAGAUGGCGGAGAAGAUAGCCCGCUGGGAGGAGUGGAAUAAACGGCUGGAGGAAGUAAAGCGAGAGGAGAGGGAGCUGCUGGAGGUACAGUCCGUCCCCCUGAGAAACUACCUGAUGACGUACGUGAUGCCCACGCUCAUGCAGGGCCUCAAUGAAUGCUGCAAGGUGAGACCCGAAGACCCCGUGGAUUUUCUGGCAGAGUAUCUCUUCAAGAACAAUCCUGAAAUGCAGUAGAGCCUCAUCAGUGUUGGGCCACGGAACUUCAGAGGGAGAGCUUAAGUUAAACUUGUGAUUUGAAAAACUGCUUUUAAAAAAAUGCUUCCCUAGGGUUUUUUUUUGGCGGGUGGGGAGGUUGGGAAUGGGAGUAGCGAGGGGGAAUCCUAAUAAUGUAGAAUCAUUAGAAAACUACACUGCAGUGAAUAACUGCUAUCUCAUUGAAAGGAUGUUUGGAAAGUAAACAGGAGGCACACUUGCAUUGCUCACAGUAAACACGAGGCACACUUGCAUUGCUCACAGUAAACACCAGGCACACUUGCAUUGCUCACAGUAAACACCAGGCACACUUGCAUGGCUCACAGAUCAAUGGUUUACUAUUACUCUUAGGUCAGUCACAACGCUGCACAUAACACAUUUGUAGUAACUUAUGUUACAACAUGAAGUUAUAGGCUCCAAAGGUGUCAGAAAUGAAAGACUUUACAAUGGCCCCUGCUUGUUGAACCUCCCAUCAGGUGUGACUGCUUUCCUGUAAGGUUGCCCGUGAGUGGCCAGGAUUCUAGCCACUUAGUCAGAGAACUGAAGAGCUUAUGAUGGGACAUGCAUGGGUCGAGGCAAAUAAUGCUACCCCUGAUCACCACAAACUGCACAAAACCCAUGUACCGCUAAUUAAUUUCUCAGUAUAGUCAUGAGUUGUGAUUUCUCUCCAUAAAAAAUAAAAAUCUGGUAAAAUUUCUAGUAUUAAUUAUCCUGAA